AUGUAUUUUGCUGCGACUGUUUUAAACGAAAUAUAUUCUGCUUCUGAGGCAAGGGCGAAGAUCAAAAAGGCGGUGGAUGAUACCAGACAGGCGGUGGAUGAUCCCAGACAGACGGUGGAUGAUACCAGACAGACGGUGGAUGAUACUAGACAGGCGGUGGAUGAUACCAGACAGGCGGUGGAUGAUACCAGACAGACGGUGGAUGAUACCAGACAGACGGUGGAUGAUACCAGACAGACGGGUGAUACCAGACAGGCAGUGGAUGAUACCAGACAGACGGUGGAUGAUACCAGACAGACGAUGGAUGAUCCCAGACAGACGGUGGAUGAUACCAGACAGACGAUGGAUGAUACCAGACAGACGGUGGAUGGUACCAGACAGGCAGUGGAUGAUACCAGACAGGCGGCGGUGGAUGACACCAGACAGGUGGUGGAUGAUACCAGACAGAUAGCGGAUGAUCCCAGACAGGCGGUGGAUGAUACCAGACAGGCGGUGGAUGAUACCAGACAGACGGUGGAUGAUACCAGACAGACGGUGGAUGAUACCAGACAGACGGUGGAUGAUCCCAGACAGACGGCGAAUUGUACCAGACAGACAGUGGAUGAUACCAGACAGGCAGUGGAUGAUACCAGACAGACGGUGGAUGAUCCCAGACAGACGGCGAAUGGUACCAGACAGACGGUGGAUGAUCCCAGACAGGCGGUGGAUGAUACCAGACAGACGGUGGAUGAUACCAGACAGGCAGUGGAUGAUUCCAGACAGACGGUGGAUGAUUCCAGACAGACGGUGGAUGAUACCAGACAGACGGCGAAUGGUACCAGACAGACGGUGGAUGAUCCCAGACAGGCGGUGGAUGAUACCAGACAGGCGGUGGAUGAUCCCAGAAAGACGGCGAAUGGUACCAGACAGACGGUGGAUGAUCCCAGACAGGCGGUGGAUGAUACCAGACAGACGGUGGAUGAUACCAGACAGACGGUGGAUGAUACCAGACAGACGGACAGACGACAGACGGUGGAUGAUCCCAGACAGACAGUGGAUGAUACCAGAGAGACGGUGGAUGAUACCAGGCAGGCGAUGGAUGAUACCAGACAGACGGUGGAUGAUACCAGACAGACGGUGGAUGGUACCAGACAGACAGUGGAUGAUCCCAGACAGGCGUUGGAUGAUCCCAGACAGGCAGUGGAUGAUCCCAGACAGGCGGUGGAUGAUUCCCGACAGGCGGUGGAUGAUACCAGACAGACGGUGGACGAUACCAGACAGACGGUGGAUGAUACCAGACAGGCGGUGGAUGAUCCCAGACAGACGGUGGAUGAUACCAGACAGGCGGUGGAUGAUCCCAGACAGACAGUGGAUGAUCCCAGACAGGCGGUGGAUGAUCCCAGACAGACAGUGGAUGAUCCCAGACAGACGGUGGAUGAUACCAGACAGACAGUGGAUGAUUCUAGACAGACAGUGGAUGAUACCAGACAGACGGUGGAUGAUACCAGACAGACGGUGGAUGGUACCAGACAGGCGGUGGAUGAUUCCAGACAGACGGUUGAUGAUUCCAGACAGACGGUGGAUGAUACCAGACAGACGGACAGACGACAGACAGUGGAUGAUUCCAGACAGACAGUGGAUGAUACCAGACAGACGGCGGAUGAUACCAGACAGACGGUGGAUGGUACCAGACAGACAGUGGAUUAUCCCAGACAGGCGUUGGAUGAUCCCAGACAGGCAGUGGAUGAUCCCAGACAGGCGGUGGAUGAUUCCCGACAGGCGGUGGAUGAUACCAGACAGACGGUGGACGAUACCAGACAGACGGUGAAUGGUACCAGGCAGGCAGUAGAUGAUACCAAGCAGACGAUGGAUGAUACCAGACAGGCGGUGGAUGAUACCAGACAGGCGGUGGAUGAUUUCAAACAGGCAGUGGAUGAUACCAGACAGAUUUCGGAUGAUACCAGACAGACGAUGGAUGAUACCAGACAGACGGUGAAUGGCACCAGACAGACAGUGGAUGAUACCAGACAGACGGUGGAUGAUACCAGACAGACGGUGGAUGAUACCAGACAGACGGUGGAUGAUACCAGACAUGCGGUGGAUGAUCCAAGACAGACGGUGGAUGAUACCAGACAGGCGGUGGAUGAUCCCAGACAGACAGUGGAUGAUCCCAGACAGACGGUGGAUGAUCCCAGACAGACGGUGGAUGAUCCCAGACAGACGGUGGAUGAUACCAGACAGACGGUGAAUGGUACCAGACAGGCAGUAGAUGAUACCAGACAGACAGUGGAUGAUACCAGACAGACGGUGGAUGAUACCAGACAGACGGUGGAUGAUACCAGACAGACGGUGGAUGAUACCAGACAUGCGGUGGAUGAUCCAAGACAGACGGUGGAUGAUACCAGACAGGCGGUGGAUGAUCCCAGACAGACAGUGGAUGAUCCCAGACAGACGGUGGAUGAUCCCAGACAGGCGGUGGAUGAUCCCAGACAGACAGUGGAUGAUCCCAGACAGACGGUGGAUGAUCCCAGACAGACGGUGGAUGAUCCCAGACAGACGGUGGAUGAUACCAGACAGACGGUGAAUGGUACCAGACAGGCAGUAGAUGAUACCAGACAGACAGUGGAUGAUACCAGACAGACGGUGGAUGAUACCAGACAGACGAUGGAUGAUACCAGACAGGCAGUGGAUGAUACCAGACAGACUAUUGAUGACACCAGACAGACGGUGGAUGAUACCAGACAGACGGUGGAUGAUACCAGGCAGAUGGAUGAUACCAGACAGACGAUGGAUGAUACCAGACAGACGGUGGAUGAUACCAGACAGACGGUGGAUGAUACCAGACAGACGGUGGAUGAUACCAGACAGACGGUGGAUGAUACCAGACAGACGAUGGAUGAUACCAGGCAGACGGUGGAUAUGAUACCAGACAGACGAUGGAUGAUACCAGACAGACGGAUGAUACCAGACAGACGGUGGAUGAUACUAGACAGACGAUGGAUGAUACCAGACAGACGGUGGAUGAUACCAGGCAGGCGAUGGGCAUACGGUGGAUAUGAUACCAGACAGACGAUGGAUGAUACCAGACAGACGGAUGAUACCAGACAGACGGUGGAUGAUACUAGACAGACGAUGGAUGAUACCAGACAGACGAUGGAUGAUACCAGACAGACGGUGGAUGAUACCAGGCAGGCGAUGGGUGAUACCAGACAGACGAUGGAUGAUACCAGGCAGACGAUGGGUGAUACCAGACAGACGAUGGAUGAUACCAGGCAGACGAUGGAUGAUACCAGGCAGGUGAUGGAUGAUACCAGGCAGGCGAUGGGUAAUACCAGGCAGGCGGUGGAUGAUACCAGGCAGGCGGUGGAUGAUACCAGGCAUACGGUGGAUAUGUUACCAGACAGACGGUUGAUGAUACCAGACAGACGGUCUAAUGAGUUAAUAGACAGUUAUGGCUACAAUUUAAUGAACAUAGUCACAAGAUGCUAUUAG